CGGCCGGGGCCGGUUCCGGUGGGGGGGGAGGGGCGAUGAGCGGCGGGGCCGAGCGGCGGCGGCUGGUGCUACACGUGGACCUGAACAACACGGUGGUGGCGGCGGACGCGGUGUCAGGGCAGGGUCCCCGGGCAGCGCUCAACUCCUUCCUCAGCACCGUCACCUGGGGCCGCGCCGGUGCCGCCGGCGAGUGGCAGUGGGCGAGCGAUCGCCCCUCCCUGGGUCCCCCCUGCCCCGGCGCCCUCAGCUACUACAGCCGCCACGGCCGGGAUCCCGCCUUCACCGAGGCGGGCCCGGGCCGGUGCUUCGGCAGCCUGCACGCCCGUCACCUGCAGCUGCUGGAGUGGCCUGGGCGGCCGCACGACAUCUUCUCGGUCCAGGGAGAACCCAGCAAGCGCUACCACCUGAUCCUCCCCGCCUUCUUCCACCUCCUGGACGCCCUGCACCGGGACAGGAGGACGUUCGCUGUCGUCUUCAGGAGUUUCGGCGCAGACCUGCCCCGUGCCCUCCGGGCUGUGAGCUGCGCCCUGGCAGGGCAGCACCCCCAGUUCCCCGCCCUGCGGGAGGUGGCGCUCCCUGUGGACCUCACCCCUGGCCAGAUACGCUGCAGCAAGCGAGAGGUGGUGCUGACAAGGGGAACAGAGCGGCUGGCUACCCGGGAAGAUGGAAGAAAGCUUUACGACUACUUCAGCUCUUUUGAGGGAAUUGGAGGCUUCCAAGACCACUUUGACUGGUGGGCCAGAAAUAAGUUCUCUUCCCGGGGUGGGAAGCCCCUGUGGAUUGACCCCCACGAUCCCAGUGUUCACCACAUCUUCAUCGACGACAACAUCCGGCUGGACGAUGCCGACACCAUUGUCCAUCCCCAGGUGUUUUCGGAGCGGGGCGGCCGCAGCCCCAGGCGCGCUCCCACCUCGGAGCUGUACGACGUUUGCCUGGUGCAGACCAACCUGCUGGAGGCCAUUGCUGAGGAGGACUAUUUCCUGCGCUGCGUGAGGAGGUGUGAGGAGAACUAUGACCACUACCUGGCCUGCAUGGAGAAGGACACCCCGAGCCAGUGGUGCGAUGGGCAGUGAUGGCACCGCGCGGGGCCGAGGGGCUUUGGACUGGGACACCCCUUCCUUCCCGCUGCGAGCAGGCAAAGUCCCGGGCUGGGCUUCGAGCUGUCCCCUCUCUGAUGCGUAACGCGCCCGCUCAGCCCUACCGGGAGCCUCCAUGCCUGAUCACAAGCACCCUGGGAGGAUUUCCUUUUCUUGGCAGCGCUGGGGGCAGCUGCCUGCCUGGCUGGAGCUCCGCAGGCAGCGCUGCCCCUUGUGCCGGCUCCUGUGUGAGGGCUGGGGCUUGCCGUGCCCCUCCACUCGCCAGGCAGGGUCUUCCCCCCGCCCCCCCCCCCCCCACCAGCGGCAAGGCAACCAGCCACGCAGUGUUCACGCCUCCCUUCCCACUCCCACACUGGUGGCUGGUGCAGGGCUGAGCGUGGUGUUACCGGCAGGACGCCCAACUGCUGUUUGCACUGCGGUGUUCUCCCCAGCAGAGCUGGUGAGGCCGUGUCACUUCUGCCUGUUUUUUAAAGCCAACCUUUCUAACUCC